UCUUCGAUCUUACUUGCAUGUUACGUUGAGUUCAUCGUGACAUGCACCAAUUAUUGAUUCCCAGUUCUCCAUUGUUAGAGAUAGCAAUCCAAUCACCACUACCACAAUACUCAUUGCACCAGCUGAUUACAAAUAACCAUGUCACAAGCUUCCUUGUUCAGAUUCUUGAAUAUCUGGGUUUUCCUCUUCUUUCUGCUUCUCACUUUAGCUUGCUCGCUCUCAUUCAAAAUCUCUCAUAUCGAUCAAAAGGACGCAAACAAGCAAAUCGAGGUCGCCGGAGACGCAUAUAUCACCGACCAGGGCAUCCAACUCACACCAUAUGAUCGCAACCGGGCGUUGAACGGCAAAGCCGGUCGAGCAAGGUACGUGGAACCAUUUCACCUAUGGGACAACGCCACUGGAAAUUUGGCUGAUUUUACCACCCAUUUCACCUUCAACAUCGACUCCGACGGUAACGCUAGCUAUGCCGAUGGAUUAGCCUUCUUCCUGGCGAACUUCACCACCCCAUUCAAUCAAACCAUCCCCGGCGGCGCCGGCCUUGGCCUUCUGGAUCCAAAGCUAAUAACAACCUCGGAGCCUGUCGUGGCGGUGGCGUUCGAUACCUACUCAAACCCGAAAGAUAUCCCCAUGACAAAUGUAAGUAUCAACGUCAAAUCUAUGCGAGUUCCUGCUAUUAGCACACCAUGGCUCAACAACAUUACACAGGGGAAGGAUAACAACGCUUCCAUUACUUAUAAUGCCACUUCCAAGAUUCUCCAGGUUUUUUUCACAGAAUUUUGGAAUGGUAGUUACCACACAGGUAGCCUUAGCUAUGAGGUUGAUCUGAAAGAUUACUUGCCGGAAUUCGUUAGCAUUGGCUUCUCGGGCGCAACAGGAAUGUUCUUUGAGAAAAACACUGUCAGUUCAUGGGAGUUUGAUUCCACUCUACUCAUCAGCUCAGGCUCGGCCAAUAACUUUUCUGUGUCGCCAGCUACCCAGAACCAUACUAUUAGUAAUUUAGUAAAUCCAGAAGGAAAGAGCAAGAAGAAAGGUAUAGAGACAGCAGGAUUCAGUAUUGCUGUUCUCACUUUACUUGCUGUGAUGUCUCUUGUCAUCUAUAAAUGUUUCAAGAAGAUAAAGACAGCAAAAGGCAAUGAUAAUCAGAAUACUAAUGCUCGGGCAAUGGACGAUACUCGUCAGAGUACUCUUGUUCGGGAAAUGGACGGUGUGUUUCAAAAGGCUGGCACUGGAGCUAAGAGGUUCUCAUACAGUGAAUUGGCAACUGCAACUAACAGCUUCUCAGAGGAGCAGAAGCUUGGAGAAGGGGGGUUUGGUGGGGUUUAUUUAGGUAUCCUAAGGGGCAUGAAGGUGGCUGUCAAGAGAGUUUCCAGGGAGUCUAAACAGGGGAAGGAAGAAUACGCAUCAGAAGUGAAGAUCAUCAGCCGAUUGAGACAUAGAAAUUUGGUGCCACUUCACGGUUGGUGCCACGAGAAAGGGGAGUUGGUGCUUGUUUAUGAAUACAUGCCUGAAGGAAGCUUAGACCACCAUCUCUUCAAGAAAAACUCACCCUUGAAUUGGAAACUCAGGUAUAGAAUUGCACAAGGCUUGGCCUCAGCUUUGUCCUAUCUGCACGAAGACUGGGAACAAUGUAUAUUGCACAGGGACAUUAAGUCCAGUAAUGUCCUGUUGGAUUCAACCUUCAAUGCUAGACUCGGUGAUUUCGGGUUGGCCUGGCUGGUUGACCAUGGAAACGCACCCCAAAAAACCUAUCUAGGAGGGACACCAGGAUACAUAGCCCCAGAAUGUCACCGCACAUACAAGACCAGCAAACAAUCAGAUGUCUAUAGCUUUGGAGUCGUGGCAUUAGAAAUUGCAUGUGGGCGAAGAGCAAUUAUUCCCAAUGGACCCGAAGGUGUGAUAAGCUUGGUGGAUUGGGUUUGGGAUCUGUAUGGAAUGGGAAGGCUACUCGAAGCUGCAGAUCCAAAGCUAUGCGGAAACUUUGAAGAGCAAGAAAUGGAGCGACUAAUGAUUAUCGGGCUCUGGUGUGCUCACCCCGAUAGUAACUCUAGACCGAAAAUAAGCUUAGCUUUGCAUUGCCUGAAAUUCCAAGUGCAAUUGCCCAUCCUUCCUGCAAAGAUGCCCAAACCAGUUUACUCAACUCUUCCAACUGCUUUAUCAUUCCCAAAUUCCCAUUUCUCUGGAAUCAAAGCUGUUGAGAUACAGGAGUUUGAGUACCCUUCCAGUUACAGCCGCCACUCUGCAGGCUCUUCACUCCCGCAUACAGUCUGAUGACACAUUAUCUGUUAAGGAUUUCUGUCUGUUUUCUUUGAAGUCAUAUGUGCAUGUUUGCUAAUUUGUCGCUAAUUAUCAUUGUAACUUUCUUAUUUGACCAUUUGCUUAGUGUUUAAUAUUUGUAUAAUUGUAUUUGUUGGACCCAAUUUCCCCAAUGUAAAUGCUGACUGACAUCCGACGUGGUUUGCCAUUAGCUGCCAAAGGCCCAAAUGG